AACAAAAUUUUCACAACUCAAUGAUCUUCUCUUCUCCCUUUUGUUUCCAAACUCCACUUCUUUACCUUAAACUUUUUCCCUUUUUAUAACCCCAAAAAAUAAUCCCCACAAACACACUUUAAGUACUUUUGUGUCCUUUUUGUUUUAUUUUGCAUAAUAUCCCAAAACCAAUAAAUAAGUGUAUAAUUAGUAGUACUCAUUUUGUGCAUGCCCUUCAUGGAAGAACAAAAUAAUCAAAAACAAAAUCUUUAUUCUAGAAGCAUUUCUUUUGAUAGAAACAAACUUCCAAAUUUUUUAAUAUCCGUGAAACUUAAAUAUGUUAAACUUGGUUACCACUAUUUAAUUUCUAAUGCUAUGUACCUUAUUUUAAUACCACUUCUUGGAGUAGCAUCAGCUCAUUUAUCAACAUUUUCAAUCAAUGAUUUAAUCCAAUUAUAUGAAAGUCUCAAAUUCAACUUUGUGUCAAUGACACUAGGAUCAAGUUUAAUAGUAUUUCUUGCUACCCUUUAUUUCAUGUCACGUCCAAGAGGCAUUUACUUGGUUGAUUUUGCAUGCUAUAAACCACCAAAAGAUUUGACAUGCACAAGGGAAAUUUUUGUGGAAAGGUCAAAUUUGACAAAAGCAUUUACAGAAGAAAAUCUUUUGUUUCAAAAGAAGAUACUUGAGAGGUCAGGUUUAGGACAAAAGACAUAUUUGCCAGAAGCAAUAUUGAGGGUACCACCAAAUCCAUGUAUGGCUGAAGCAAGGAAAGAAGCUGAAGAGGUUAUGUUUGGUGCUAUUGAUCAGGUUUUGGAGAAAACUGGUGUGAAGGCUAAGGACAUUGGGAUUUUGGUUGUGAAUUGUAGUUUGUUUAAUCCAACACCUUCAUUAUCUGCCAUGAUUGUGAAUCAUUAUAAUUUGAGAGGGAAUGUGUUGAGUUAUAAUCUUGGUGGUAUGGGUUGUAGUGCCGGUCUUAUCUCUAUUGACCUUGCCAAACAGCUCCUACAGGUCCACCCAAACUCAUAUGCCUUGGUAGUAAGCAUGGAGAACAUAACACUCAACUGGUAUUUCGGCAACAACAGAUCAAUGCUUGUCUCAAAUUGUCUCUUCAGAAUGGGAGGAGCAGCAAUCAUCCUCUCAAACAAAUCUCGCGACCGUCGUCGAGCCAAAUAUCAACUAGUCCACACCGUCCGUACACACAAAGGUGCGGAUGACAAAUCCUACGGUUGCGUCUUUCAAGAAGAAGAUGACACAAAGAGAAUCGGUGUAUCACUCUCAAAAGACCUAAUGGCUGUCGCCGGAGAAGCACUCAAAACAAACAUCACAACAUUAGGACCAUUAGUCCUUCCUAUGUCAGAACAACUCUUAUUUUUCGCCACAUUGGUUGCGCGAAAAAUCUUCAAGAUGAAAAUAAAACCCUACAUUCCUGAUUUUAAAUUAGCUUUUGAGCAUUUUUGUAUUCAUGCUGGAGGAAGGGCAGUUUUGGAUGAACUAGAAAAAAAUCUUGACUUAAGUGAUUGGCAUAUGGAACCAUCAAGGAUGACACUUUAUAGAUUUGGCAACACUUCUAGUAGUUCAUUGUGGUAUGAAUUGGCUUAUACAGAAGCUAAAGGAAGGAUUAAAAAAGGUGAUAGAACUUGGCAAAUUGCAUUUGGUUCUGGUUUUAAGUGCAAUAGUGCUGUUUGGAAAGCUUUGAAGACUAUUAAUCCUGCUAAGGAGAAGAAUCCUUGGAUUGAUGAGAUUCAUGAGUUUCCUGUUCAUGUGCCUAAAGUGUCAAAAGUAAUUGAUUCUUAAUUGUCAAACUUUUCAUGUUUUUUUUAUGUAUACUAAGGAUUAAGGAAGGUGUUUGUUUAAAUGGAUGAAAUUAUCUAUUGUGUUGUUUUUAUUUCUUAGGAGUUGUGCAAGAAUAGAAAAGUAUAACUUAGCCAAUUUGUACUAUGUUCUUGCUGUGUGCAUACAAUUAUUGUUCAUGUUGGUCAUUUGUUUUUGUUUGUAACAAUUGACUUGUUAAAUGGUAAUGUAAUUAAUUUUCAAAGUUUGCUUCUCAAGCUUAAUAUGUAUUCCUUUCUAUCUUGAGUAUCAAAUCAAAUAAAAUAUAUAUAUUGAUGUCU